CCACACGUUGUUUUGUAGUCAUAAACGUGUGGCUUAAAAAAAUAGUCACGUAUGCCAUUUUUUAGUGGGUAAAAUUAGAUUCUUGAUGAAUUGUCGUUCCUUCCGUACUUAAUGUAGGUGUCACUGUGKAAUUUAACGAGUUGUCACUUGAAUCUGGUGGCAUAUAUCUGAGUCGAGAACGUUAUAGAAACCGGAUUAGCUUGCUAGCUCAUUCCUCUUGUUGGUAACUGGCAGCAGCAGCAUGGCAGCGGUGCUGGAGCUCAUCGCUGGCAGCUAUGAGCAAAUUACUUUCGGAUACCGAGUAAAAACUGGGGGAAACGACUGGACAGCCAAACCUGACUUUACACAUCACGCUCACACAGCUUCAGUAUCAGCUGUGGCGGCCAGCGAGAGGUUUGUGGUUACGGGAAGCAAAGAUGAAACUAUACAGUUAUACGACAUGCAGAAGAGAACAGAACAUGGRGCUCUGCUGCAUCAUGAAGGUACCAUCACUUGCCUGGAGUUCUAUGGUUCGUCCCACUUGCUGAGUGGAGGGGAAGACGGGCUCCUGUGUGUGUGGAGCACAAAGAAGUGGGAGUGCAUGACGAGCAUCAAAGCUCAUAAAGGUCACGUCACUUCGCUCUCUGUCCAUCCGUCGGGUAAACUAGCGCUAUCGGUCGGGACGGACAAGACUCUGAGAACCUGGAAUCUCAUCAAUGGCAGGUCGGCUUUUAUCAAAAACAUCAAACAGAAUGCACACAUUGUCAGAUGGUCUGCAGAWGGCGACAGAUAUGUGGUGGUGGUGGAYGACAAAAUUGAUAUCUACAAGCUGGAGACGGCGUCUGUAACGGGAACGAUCGCAAGCCCGAAGAGGAUCUCAUCUGUAAAAUUCUUAAACAACUCUGUCCUGGCCGUCGCAGGAGACGAUGAAACCGUGAGGUUCUGUGAUGUGGAAAAAGCUAAAUGGGUUUGUGAGUUUAAGGCUCAUGAAACGAGAGUAAAAGCAGUCGACAGUUUGAUUGUGGAUGAUUACUGCGUGCUUUUAACAGCUUCAAAUGAUGGUUUCAUCAAAAUGUGGAAACUCCAUCUGAAAGAGGAGCUGGAGCCUCCUGUUCUACUGGGGGAAGUGAACACAACAGCUAGACUGACGUGCCUCGCCGUAUGGAGACCUUCGUCAGUGCAGCCGAUAUCUGAUGGUCCGUCUAAAGCAACAACAUCUGAAGAACUUGCUCAGGAACUUGCCAAGAAGAAGAGAGCCCGAGCGAUAGCAGAAAAAGUAAUUGUAGAGGACGAGAGCAAACCCAAAAAGAAGAAGAAAAGUGGCGGAAAAAAGACUGUCAAGCAAUAAAAAAUAUUCUUAACUCAU